AUGACUCUCCACUCAAACCCGUCCUCGUUUCUACCCUUCCACCACAUCGAGAGCGACAUUCGAAACAACACUGGCGCACCAGAGCAAUCCUCUCUCAAGAUCUACAAUCCCAACUACCCCUCGUUCGUACCCCCACCAAAGCUCCACCCUCCUUUCCUCGUCCACGUCGAUGAGAUUCCACGCACACCCGCGUCAUUCAUCUCGCCCGUCCCUGACCUCGUCUACGAAGGCGAGACGUCCACCAGUGCUUUCCACUCUGGUCAUCAUCAUCAUCCUAAACGCUCCCGACAUGGCGGGAAAGAAAAUGCGCAUCGAGCACGUCCCGCUAUUCGUCGCAAGCCCGUUCCAAAGGUCCUCAUGGACGAUAAGAUACGCACUUCCUCGUUCAUGAAGAUCUCCAGCAUGAACUCGUUCCCCGCCCUGCGCGCUCGAGAUCCCAAUGUCAAACCGCAGGAGCGAGUUCCCUCAAAGCCCUCCACAUUCGACCGGACCAACGAUAUAGGCGAAUACUCCUUGACGCGAUUCCUCAGCCAAGGCGCACAAGGAAAAGUCUACCUCGCCAAAUCUAAUCAAUCGGGCAAGAUGGCCGCGGUCAAGGUCAUUUCGAAACUUACGCUGGAGAACUACCAUACCCUUCUCCAGGAGCAGAACCUAUUGAAGAGGUUGAAGGGGCACCCUUUCAUACUGAACUUGAUCGAUAGUUUCCAUGACACGGAGAACUUCUACUUGAUUAGCGACUAUUACCCAGCCGGCGAUCUCGCUCACAGACUGUACAAGCUAAAAAGGUUCGACACCGACACCGCGCGGUUCUACAUCUCCGAACUAAUCGUCGCCAUCCGCUUCCUCCACGCCAACGACAUCAUCCACCGCGACCUCAAACCUAGCAACAUCCUCAUCAAAGCCGACGGGCACAUCUGCAUAAUCGAUUUCGGACUCUGCAAGGACUUUCGGGCUAAAAAUGCUCGAGCGCCCUCUCGGGGCGACCUUGACAGUAACCCUCCCAACACUCAUACCCGCACCCAUGCUGCCCGUACUCAUGCCCAAGCCCAAGCUCGCGUUCAUGCUCGACAUCGGAGAGCUGUCGUGGGACCGGUGACGGACGGGUUUGCGGGCACGCUGGUGUACAUGUCCCCACAGGUCAUCUCGCAGGAAAUCUAUUCGUAUGAGACGGAUUGGUGGUCCAUGGGGAUUAUCCUUUAUGAAUUGUUGCAGGGAGAUACGCCGUGGACGGGCUCUGAUGUUACUUGCAUGAUGAGGAAGAUCAAGAAGGAGCCUUUGCUCUUUCGUGCAGCGGUGGACGAACCUGCUUCGGAUUUUUUGUAUAAACUACUGGAGAAACGCGUCGAAGACAGGAUCCAUGUCUCUGAAUUCGCCGCCCACGAAUUCUUUCGCUCGAUUGACUUUGAUGAUGUCGAAGGAGGACUUCUAACCCCGCCAUACAUCCCACACAUCAACGACGCGAUGCUCUCCUCUCGGGUCCUCAGAGACAAAGAGAAGAUCUACGUAGGUCGACGAUACCAACAAGAUGUCGACCCCUUCCCCGAGUACAACUACGACUACCAAACCCCAGCGCACUCAAUGAACCUCGAGGACCUUGCUGAGGCCGGUAUACCCCUGUUUGACCCUCCGGGCGAGCGCGGGCAGGCCAAAGACCAGGUGGAAAUCAGCGCCGACCCGCUGGGGUACGUCGAACCGCCCACCACUCCAAAGACGACGACCAGGGGUAUCGCAGGCUCGUUUAACAUCUCGUCCUUGAGGCUGGACCAGACUGUCUCCCCUGCGCUCAUGAAGAACUACGAUCUAACCAGCACCACGUUGUUGUCCGUCAUCUCCUCCCCCAAGGACGUAUUCUACACGCCCCGGCGGUCGCCGCUCGUACCAAACUUGCUGCGCCAUGCGCCCGUCUCCAACGUCCGAUCGCGGUUCAGACAUAUGUAUCCGACGCAGUACAGCAGCGUCUACGACCCCUCUUUGGAUAGCGAUCUGCGCUUGAGCCGUCUCGAAGAGGGAUCAUCCUCCAAUUUCUCUCGGGGCGCGAACUUCGAGCGGACCCUAGAUGAAGAAGAAGAUUCGAUUCCACGAAUCGUCCAACCCAAGAUCUACGUUCUCCCCGAGGAGCCUUCUCCCUCGCCUCUGCAGAAGAAAGCCGGUCGCUUCACCCGGCGUGGUAAUCUCUUGCUUGGAGGGCAGGGCAAGUUCCAGCUGGGGGGAUCGCCUCGUAGUCCGACACCGACGAAACCACGCCCGUUCACCCUCUCGGAGUUUCACAAACACGAUACUUUCCAACGAAGUCCUCUACCACCACAACCGCAGUUCCUACCUGUUACGCCAUCAAGUUUGACGCCGCCUCUCCCGUCGUUUUUUACCGCUUCGCGGUCGAUGGGGAGGAUGAGUGGUGGUGGUGCUACCGCGAACAGCAGUCGCAACGGUAACAACAGCCACAUCAACGGCGCCAACAGCAGCAGCAACACCACCAGCCACACCAACAACACCCACAGCACCGCGACCUCGUCCAACCUCUUCGCCAGCACCGCCGGGAACUCGCUCUUCUCGAUGUCGGAAAUGAACAAUGGGUUCUCGGAAGGGUAUACGACGGAGAUGACGCUUCCUUCUUUGAAUAUGUCGGAUGCGCUGGUGGGGCUGGGUAAGGUGGGGUCUGUGAGUAGUUUGAGUGGUGGCCCUGCUGGUGGAGGUGGUGGGAGUGGGAGUGCGGAUGUAGGAACUGGGGCGGGGAUGGAACCGAAGUGCUUAACGGCGUUCGGUCCUCUCCUGAGCAUGCCAUUCCCUUACCUCCACCCAGCUUCCUCCUCAGCCAACGCUACCACCGGAGGCCUUGUCGAGAGAGACUCGGCGACUCCUCUCAACCCCAUUCCAACAGCUGCCAACGACGGAGAUAAACGCGGUACUACCAUCAUCCUCGCCGACCCCUCCCCUCCUAAGUCCCGUCGACUUGGAGCAGCUGCAGCGAAAGUUGGAGUAGAAGUGGGAGUGGGACUCGUCCGCCCACACCAACAUUCAACAACGCAGUGGAUCAAGACGGCUGUUCAUUCAGUUUACGGAGUCUUCAAACAGAUUUUCAGGAAGGUUGUGUUUAGGGCUGGGGCUGUUUCUGGGUAG